GCAACAACGCACAGGCUGUCAACAAAUGCCCUCCCGACGGCGGGCGUCGGAACGCGUUGCCUGGAACUGUUCGAGCAGGCCGUAGCACUGGAACGGCGCAUGUCAGGAAGCGGUGGCGACGUGAAGGUGUCGCUGGUUGAAAUCGGCGAUCUAUGCUUCGCUACCAAGGUAAACGAUAAACAAAUUAUCUUCUGCACCAAGCGACGGCAACGGCCGGGUGCUCGGGGAGGCAUCCGCCAGGAUGUUAGAAAAGGAUCCGAAUCGACCGCGGGUGGCUCAGUUCCUCGUCAGUUGUCAGCCGGAGCGGACCGGCAGCCUCGAGCAGCAGAAGCGUGUAGCGCUGUGGUAGCGGUUGGUGUGGACAGUAGUGGUGAGCUGGUGGAUAGUUUGUACCUAGCGGCGGACGGGCAACGUUGGCUACGGGUGCCCGAUUCGGUACCGGAAGAUACGGUGCCUAGUGUGAACGGUAGUGCAACGGCUGCCCACUGGAGUAGGACCGGUUCGGCCGGUAUUCUCGAUCGAAACGAUCCGGAUACUUCGGUGAAGCUCAUUUUCGGCGAAAGCAGUGCUCAAAAACGUACCGUAGCGAACCAGCAGUUUGGGAAAUUUUGUGUCAAGUGUCGUGUGUAUCUGUUGGAGCAUUUUGCAAAGUUUCGCACCAACGUCGGCGUGAUGUCGCGCCUGAAUGGUAAGGAUUGUGCACCGAGCUUAGGAUUACGCCACUCGGAGGGUGGUGGAGGUGGUGGGGCAGGUUCAAGCAGCAUUACCGAUCGCUCCAAGAAACCCUUCUCGAGACCGUUCAACAAAAACCGACUGCAGCACGAAACGUCCGGAACUGUUGGAGGUGUUGGUAGCGGUCCACCAGCCGCAAGGAUGCCCUCGAGUGCUGGCAGCAGCAGCUCACCACCGAGUGCGGCCGAUACGAACGCCCUGAUCCGUCAGAACAAUGAGCUACGCCAUCGGCUCCAGGAGGAAGCGAACAACUAUCGGCGCCGGCUUGAGACGUACAAGCAGGCGCAAAACAAUCAGGCUGCCUUGGUUAGCCGGCUGCAAGCUAAGGUCCUGCAGUACAAACAACGAUGCACGGAUCUGGAACAGUUGCCCCCCAUGGCUGGAAACUGCGGCGCUAGCGGUGGUGGUGGCGGCGGCGGCGGCAGUGGACGUUACGGAGGAGGAUCGGGAAGUCGUGAACCAUCGCCCGGAUCACGGCACCCGCAUCAUCCACAUCAUGGACCACCGUCGCCACCACCGGCCGGUGGUGCUAGCUGUUCCGAUGGAGCAGGACCACUAAGCUUGCCAUGUCCGGUGGCGCGCGAACGCGCACGAUCAAGAUCACGGUCACAGUCGCCGUGCCGGAAGUAUUCCGAAGGAUCACACGACGAAAUCCGCCAUCAGCUUGACGAGGAACGACGACGUUGCGAAAAGUUGCUGGUCGAGAACUCCUGCCUGCGACAGCAGUUGGAAGAGUCUCAUCGCACCAACGACGCAUUGACAAACGAUCUCCAGAAGCUUACCAGCGAUUGGGAAAGCUUGCGCGAUGAACUGUUGAGCAAGGAAGACGAAUGGAAGGAAGAGGAACAGGCCUUCAACGAUUACUAUAACAACGAACACACCCGCUUGCUGAAAAUGUGGCGCGAAGUGGUUCAGGUGCGUCGCAUGUUCAACGAGAUGGCAUCCACCACCAAGAUGGAGCUUGGCCGUAUGCAUCUCGAGCUAUCCGGCACGGUGCGUGAAGUGUCUGGUGCGUGCAGCGGAGUUUCAGUGAAUCUGAAACAAUCAUCCAAAUUUGAGGAGGCACAACAGAUGCACAUUGAGCGGGAAAACAUAGAACUUAAAUCACAACUGUCCGAGCUUCGGCUGCAGUAUGAAGCGGCCAAACAAGAGAUAGGCCAGCGCGACCAGAGACUGCAACAGAUGGCACAGGACCUGAAGCUGCUCGAUGAUCGCUACACGCAAGCGGACAGUCAAGCUGCCCAGGCUCACCGUAUGAAUGAUGAGGUGGAACGACUACAGGCUGCCCUACGCGACAUAGCCCAUGCCGUUGUGCAGGACGCCGAAACGAGUGCUACAGCCGACUUGAGCUGUAGCGGUAUUGGCGGCGAAGGUCAGCACCAUUUGCACCUAUCGCAGCCGAUAGUCUCACCAGGCGUUUCGCCACGAUCGCCCAAACGUUCGUCCGGUGGCGCUGGCAGUGGUGGCCUGCGGGCCUCGCAAGCAUUCGCCGAGGGGACGAUUUCCGCUGUACAGGCCGCAUUGCACAAGUACCAACUAGCCAUACACGAUCUGCAGGUUAAGCUGCAGACGAAUAACGAAGCACUGAAGGCAUCGCGGAAGCAGUACGAUGGGUGCGAGCAUGCACGCGAAAUGCUGUCCGGCAAGGUGACGGAGCUGACCGAAAAGCUCGACUCGGCCAACCAUCAGCUCUCGGAACUGUACAAGGAACGGGACAGUCUGCAGAAGACGCUGGAUGGAUUGCGCACGGAUAAGCACACAGUUGAACGUGGCAAGGCGGAACUGAACUCCAUCGUCGAUAGUUUAAACACCGAUUAUGAGAAGCUACAGAACGUCAAUAGCAAACUACAGAAGAUGUAUGAUGCGCUGGAGGAGGAGAAAAAGAUGAUCGAGCUGGAGUUGCAGCGUGUACAUAAAGAUAAGGACAUUCAGGAGAUGAAUUUAAGAGCGGAAGAGGAACGAUGCAGUCGACUGCGUGAAGAAACCAUCACGCUUCGCGAGGAGCUAAACAAGCUCUAUCUUUCACGCGACCUGCUCGAACAGCAACGCAUCGAAUCGGACGGAUUGUUGAACAUGCUCGAAAAACAGAAACUCGAGCUGGAGUUCGAGCUAGACCGCGUGACGGGUGAACGCAACGAAUUGCACGCCUCACUGGAAAAGCGUACCAACUCAAACGAUCACCAGGAGCAAGAAAUUCGCCAGCUUAAAACAACCGUUGCCCAGCUGGAUGAGGAGCGGGGCAAAUUGCGCGCCCAGUCCUGCGACCAGAGUGCAGAUUUGGCGUCCUUGAAAAAGGAACUGAUCAGCGCCGAACAGGCCCGACUCGAUCUCGAUUCGGAAAAGCUGGCCAUCAGCGAACGGUUGAAGUGUCUCGAGAUGGAAAAGGACAAAAUUGAGGCAGAGCUUAGCUGUGUGGUUCGCGAACGCAACGAUCUCAGCAAUCAGCUGGCCACUAUUGCACGCAAAAAAGAAACCAUCGGCGAAGAGGUAAUGCGCUUACGGCAGCGGCUAGAGCAAUCGAAUGAGAUGAACGGACGGCUGAAUCGCUCGCUGGAGGAGUUGGUAAAGGAGAGUGAAGAAAAGACGGUUACGAUUGAAGGACACGAGAAGGAACUGCAAAGAUUACAGGAGCAACUUGCCUCGCUGCGCAGUGAAAAAGAAUCUCUAGAAGCCGUUCUGUUCGACACCAAUACCUCGCUCGAAGAAGCCGAAGCCAAAAAGGAUGCUCUCGAGCGCGAAAAUCAGGACCUACUCAUCAAACAAGAGUCCCACAAGGCACUUAUCGCUCGACUCAACAAGGACCUCGAGAACGCGGAACGACGCGCACAGGACAUCAAGAUCCAGCUAACCAAUGCUGCCGCCAAUCAGGAAGCCGAGUUCCUGCAAAAACUUUCCAAUCUGCGCACCUUUAGCGAAGAAAACAUCAAGAAGCUGAACGAUGAAAAGGAGCAGAUUCGACAAACGCUAGAAAAGCGUAUGCAACAAUCACUACAAGCACUGGAAAGUGCUAAAGAUGCCGAAAUAAGGCAACUACGAGAGCAGUACGAAACGCUGCAAAUGCAUCUGGACGCAUUGAACCAACAGCACGAGGAAGUGAUUCUGCGGGCCGAGAACGAGAAGCAGCAGGCACUGCUGAUUGCACACCGCGACAAACAGGCAGUGAUCGAAAAGCUGGAAGUUACGGCACGUGAGCUGAAAAAUGAACUGGAAAACGGUGACCGGUUGAAGCGGGAAAUGGCCGCUCGGCAGGAGAAGGACCGUACCACGAUCGGGUGUCUACGGGACGAAAUAACUAAAAUGCGUACGAAGGCGGAAGAGGCGCGCAUCCGGGCGGAAGAGGAAAUGAAUCGACUGGAGAUGGCUGCGGGAUCGUUGCGCGAAGAGAAGGAAACACUGAUCAAGGAUUCGGAAGAGCUAAAGGUACAGCUGCGCCUUUCCGAGGACCGUAGUGAUGCGCUCAAUCAUCAGCUUCAAGAUACACAGCGUAAAUUAAAGGAAGCGGAAAAUAACACGGAUGCCACGAGAAAGGACUUGACAGACACGAGACGAUCACUAGCAGAUAGUAACAUCGAAAGAGACAAGUAUGCAAACAGCAACAAAGAAUUAAGGGACCACGUGAAGCGGGUUGAGGAACAACGUCGUCAGCAGGCACGCACUAUCGAAGAUGCAAUUGCCAAAAUUACUUCACUGGAAGAAACUCGCAAUGGUCUGGAGCAGGACAAGGUGCGCCUACAGACAAUCCUUAAGGAAACGGAAACCAAUGUCUCCAAACUAAACCAAGAGCUUACGAAUGCUCAAUCGGACAUACAAAAGUUCCAAACCGACACAAGCCAAAAGGAUGCGUCGGAAAAAGAACUGCAAGCCCGAUUGGCGAACGAAGGCGAGGAGAAGGAGCGUGUGCUAGCCGAGCUGCACCAGAUCAAGAAGCAGAUGGCCGACCUAGAGGGUACACUGUGCGCCACUCGUCAGGAACUUGGCCGAGCACGUUGUAAAGCGAACCAGGACGAACACCGGUUCCACCAGCGCGAGCAAGAGCUUUGUACUCGCAACGAAGAGGGUCGCGGUCGUGAGAAGCGUCUCGAAGAUCAAAAACACAAUCUGGAAGUGUGUCUGGCCGAUGCGACACAGCAAAUCCAAGAGCUCAAGGCACGCCUUGGAGGUGCCGAAGGGCGUGUCCGUGCGCUCGACGAGCAGCUGGUACAGCUGGAGUGUCAAAAGAAGGAGGUUGAGAACAAGCUCAGCUCGAUCGGACAUACGUUGCGCCGAAUCGCGGGUAUCCAGAUGGAUGGUUCGGUCAGUUUGCCGUACCGUUUAAUGAGUCCUUCGCGUCGUUACAGUCCAGCGCGUGGUACCGGUACCGGUGGUCGUUCGGAAAGUGGUGACUAUCCGCCGGGCCACGGCCAUCAUCACGGUGGUCAUCACCAUCACCAUCAUCACCAUGGACACGAGACGCGCAGUCUUUCCGGCGAGAAUGUGCUGAUCGAUGUCGACCCGGAGAUGGUACGUAAGGGCGUGCGUUCUUUGAUGCAGCAAAUCGCACACAUCGAACGCGAGCGGGAUGAUUUCAAGGUGCAACUGUGCACGGCACGCAAGCAGCUGCAGGAAGGCAGCGAUGCACAGCUUCGUCUCGAGACAAAGAUCAACAAACUGCAGCAACACGUGCGAGCAGUGCAUGAAGACAAGACCAAUCUGGAAGCACGGUUAGCGCAGAAGACCAGCGCUCUACAAUCGACCGAGGAAACACUUCGCCAGAAGUCAGACGAACUGACAGCUUUGCGCGAGAAAGCGGCUCAGCUAGAACAGUCGCUGACCAGCACAACCGAGGAGCGAACACAUCUCGAGGAACGAUUGGACAAAUGUCGGCAGGCUGGUGCUCGGCUUGAAUCUGACAAGCGCCAUUUGCAGGACGAGCUAGCACGUACGGAAGCACGUGCCACUAAGCUAGACCUGCAGCGUGUCGCUCUCGAGGGUGACAUACAGCGGCUUCAAAUGGCUAUGCAGGAGAAGGAUUGUACGUUGCGUAAUCAGCAGGAAAGGCUUGAAAAUCAGCAACGUUCACUGACACAACUAGAGGAUCGUUGUGUGGCCCUGAAGAGCACCGUCGACCAGCUGAAGGAGCGUCUACAAGCAGCGGCCAUAACCGAAACGGAACUGCGCGGUGAAAUAAGCGGCUUACAGCGCCACAAUGCCGACCAAAGCCACACAUUCGCGCUUGGCCAGGACAAGCUUAAGCAGCUGCAGAAAACUCUCACCGGCAGCGAGAACGAGCGACGUGUACUGGCCGAACGGUUGGAUGCGGCCCAACACACAAUCAACGAGCUGCGGCGCAAUCAGCAAGCUGCACAGGACGGUACCACCCGCCUCCAGGAGCAGCUGGCCGAAUGUGAGGUCCAGAAAUCGACGCUCGAGAGUCAACUGCGGCUAGCCAAAUGGAAUCAGGAGACAAGCGAACAGCUAGCAGCUACAGGCGGCAAUAUCGGUGGUGGUGGAAAUACUUCCGGUGAUCAGGAACUUGCCCGCCAGCUGAUCAGUUCGCAGCGUGAACGUAACGAGCUCCGCAACCAGGUGGAAGCACUGAACGAAAAGAUCCGCACAUUGGAGCGUGACAAACGUCCGACCGGAGGAAAGUACGAUCGAUCCGAGAAGAAAUCUCUAGGCGGUGAUUACGAUUCAAAUCGAAUCGAAUCGACGGCUGCCUACAGCUGUGGACUGGAUCAUGCCCAGAUCGAACAGGAAGGUCGCGAGCUGCGCAUGAAGGUACGGCGCUUAGAAACGCUGCUGGCAGAGAAAGAGGCAGAAUUGGCACGGUCACGGGCAAAGUUGUUGGAAUCGCCAAGCAAGGCCAGCAGUCUCGGUGGUGGUGGUAGUGCAGGGGUUGACGUGGAACGUUACCGAAGCGCACAGGUACAGGCGGAACGGUUACUAGACGCACGGGAACAAUCACACCGCCAGCAAGUCACUCGCCUGGAGAACCAAAUCGCGAUGCUAAGGGAACAGCUGGCACAGGAGGCAAAACGGCGCCAGCAGUACAUAUUACGCAGUUCACGUGCCGGCAGGGAGAUGCAACAGCUGCGACAGACCAUUGGGGAAUCUCUGAGAAACGUGGCCCAGGAUCCGCUCGAUACGGGUUUGCUCGAAAGUGAAGCACGUCGAUUGGACAGUGCCGUAUCGAUGAGCUUGCCACCGACGACUGGCCGUGGUAGAGGAGACUAUGACCGCAGUCUCAGCCCCACAUUUCGUUAACAAACCUGAUGAGAUAUACCUUUCAGUACAU